GCUUCAUGUGCCUAUUUUCUAGGCCCGAAAGCAGAAAAUUACGCCGUGUUUCGAGGCCUGAUCGAGGAGAUUCUGGAAUCAUUGAAGAAUGACCGGGAAAGAAUCUUUCCAAAUGACAAUAGCUGCUUCAGCGGUAAUCCGCAGGAUUCAGAGGCCUUUAAGGUUGCCAAAAAGCGAACAGAACUGGCGGUCAAAGGAAUGGUAAGAUUUCUAGGCCAUCGAUCUGUUCCCUUCUGGUCUCCACGAUACCAAGCUCAUAUGGUCUCGGAUGUGAGUAUGCCCGCCGUGCUGGGGUACUUCAUGACCAUGUUGCAUAAUCCCAACAAUGUAGCGGUUGAGGCCAGCCCUGUAUCAUCCUAUGCCGAGACCCAAGUGGGCAAGCAGCUUUGUCAGAUGCUCGGAUACAACACAGAUCCCGAGCAUGAGUUGGUCGGUUGGGGGCAUCUCACGAGCGGUGGUACAACCGCCAAUAUGGAGUCAAUCUGGGUUGCGCGCAACCUGAAGUUCUACCCAGUGUCUCUGCGAUGCGCAAUGGAACCAGGAUCAGACCUGCACUUCAUUGCCGAUAGAUUCUACGUUACUCCCAGUAAGAAGGGUAGUAUGAAGAAGCUUUUCGUCGACUUGACUUACUGGGAGCUUUUUAACCUCACCCCAACCACAAUUCUAAACAUUCCUGAUCGACUCUAUCGAGAGUUUGGAAUAUCACCUAGCUUCCUGGACAGGGCCCUUCGCAAAUUCAGCGUUGAGCAUGCCGGACUCGAAGACCUGGGAAGACUACGCUGUUUCCAGCCGAUACAGUACUUGAUGACCAAAACACACCACUAUUCAUGGCCAAAGGGAGGGGCACUAGCCGGUAUUGGAUCGAAAAACUUUAUCGGAAUACCGGUGAAAAACGAUGCCCGGAUGGACAUAGACAAACUUAGGCAACACCUGGAGAGGAGUUUACGUGAUAGAUGCGCCGUCUAUGCUGUGGUCGCAAUCAUUGGGUCCACCGAGGACGGCGCCGUAGAUCCACUGGAUGAGAUAAUUGCGUUGCGCAACGAAUACCAAGAUCGAGGCCUUUCCUUCCUUGUUCACGCCGAUGCGGCCUGGGGAGGAUAUUUCGCAUCCAUGCUAAGCUCACCGCAAGCUCAGCAUCAACAGGCAGCUCUCUGCUUGCGGCACAGCACCAUAAAGGCUUUGGAGGCGCUCAAAGAUGCUGACUCAAUCACGGUCGAUCCGCACAAGUCUGGGUACAUUCCGUAUCCUGCAGGGUCCAUAGUGUAUCGUGAUCAUCGGCUAAGGAACUGCAUCAUUUGGACCAGUCCAUACAUUGCUAAUGGCUCAUCAAGCAACACUGGCUUCAUUGGACUUGAGGGAAGCAAGCCUGGCGCAGCAGCCAUCGCUACUUGUAUGUCUCAUCAGUGUAUCGGAUUAACUACUGGAGGCUAUGGUGCACUGCUAAGUCAGGUGUGCUUUACCUCUGCCAAACUUGCUGCCCACUGGUCGACGGCAGAGGGGAAAUAUUGGAAAUGUGUUCCUCUCAAUGCGUUCACAGACAAUGGUAAAGACGAGGAAGUCGUCAAAGACAACAUUCGAGCCCACAUUGUGGGCAGGAAAAACGAGGACAUCGUCAAAGACCCGAGGAAUAUUAAGAUACUCCGCCGUCUGGGAUCUGAUCUCAAUGUCAACGCCUUUGCUUUAAAUUGGAAGAGGUCAAACGGUCAGUUCAAUACCGACGUGGACGAGGCCAAUUACUUCAUGAGGCGGGUUUUGAGGAAGCUUUCCAUGCACGAGGCGCAGGAGGAUCCUCGUAAGGUCCCGCUCCACCUCACCUCCACCGAGUUCAACCACGAAGUUUACGGCAGCUGCCUUGACGACUUCAAAUCCCGACUAUCUCUAAUGGUGGACAAAGAGCCGCUAGUUGUGCUACGAAACGUGGUGAUGAGUCCGUUCUUAGAGAACCAGAAUUCGUUCUUCCACGAUGACUUGUUCCCAGAGUUUGUUAAAGUGGUGGAUAGUGAAGCGCUGCAUUGUCAGGAACGCCAGAAGAAGCGAGAUGAAAGCCCCGACUACCAUGAGUUUCUCAUGCAAGGGUCCGACAUUACAUACCUUGUCUACCGACCAUCCUUCUACUUCACCCAACGUCGCCGGCAAAUUAUCCUCAAAGUCGCACUGGGAAGUCAAGCCUGCGCCAACUAUUUCCAGGCAGAUCACUUAAUGCCCAUCUUUCUAAGGGCUUCUGGCAGAUUGUCACUCACAUGUCUCAAAAAGGGGAACCAGUUCGAAGGCUCGAUCUUACAGAGGAGUAAGGGCCUCGAAAUUGAGCUCUUCGCUAGGGUGGAAAUUACAAUUGAGCAGGUUCUCGUAGACGAACCACUGUCUGCAGACCACUCUGAUGUUAACUACCCAACACUGGGUACCCCGUUCUACCUAUAUGGAACUCGAGACCAGAAGCACAUCACCCACAUGCUACUUCGUGGGCCUAAUGUGGAGAUUUCGGCCAGUAACAUCCAUAUCACAGGUGGAGAUGGGGAAGCCUCAAGGGAUUGGGAUGAUUUAACGUCAGGGGGGCUGAGUAUCAUUGCUUUCACCGAGGAAAUUGAGGCUGCCAAAUUUCCACUUCCCAGAGCCCAUGAUUUUGUUGCCGAUAGCUUCUUUUUCGCUCCAGGGAAGACAUUCCGAGCCGAGGUA